AUGGCGUCGACUUUCCCUACCAACCAGGCCAUCGUGGUGGGCGGCGGCCUGGGAGGCAUGUCAGCUGCAAACACCGUUGUGGAGAAUGGGGGCCGUGUCGUGCUGUUGGACAAGUCCUCCUUUUGCGGUGGCAACUCCACCAAAGCCACCUCAGGAAUCAAUGGUGCAGGAACCAAGACGCAGAAGGCAAAGGGAAUCCCAGACAAUGCGGAGAUCUUUACUCAGGACACCCUCAAGGGUGGUGCAAAAAAGCCAGAACUUGCCAAGCUGCUGUGUGUCAACAGCGCAGAUGAUGUUGACUGGCUGGUCGAGAAGUUCAACUUGGACCUGUCGCUAGUAGCACGCUUGGGUGGUCAUUCACAGCCUCGUACUCAUCGUGGAAAGGAGCGAUUUCCUGGCAUGACCAUCACCUAUGCUCUCAUUCAGAUGUUGGAGAAGGUCGCUGAGAAGACGGAUCUGGCGAAAAUCGUCACCAAGGCGAAGGUCUACAAGCUUGACGCUUGA